GACUCAAGUACUCUGUGGUACCGUUAUGUGGAAGUGCUCGCAGCACUUCCGUGAAGACAAGCUUCGGAUCGCUUCGGAUGGAAUAAUGAACGGCGCGAUGUCAAUGGCUCCAACGUCCCAGAACAAUGCAGAACCACCGAGCAAGAAACCUAGAGUUGAAGGAAAUGCAUCAGAGUUCUUGCCAGGCCCUCUGUAUGAUCUUAAUCAAAUUGGACAAGUUGUUGCUGGACCUGGAGCUAAGUAUCUUACAUUACCUGGCAUUCUAGGUGCAGGUCUUCCAAAAGUUACUUCUGAACAGCAGGAUACAGUAAAUAGAGCAAAGAAAUAUGCCAUGGAACAAAGCAUCAAAAUGGUUUUAAUGAAACAAACUUUGGCGCAUCAACAACAGCAAAUGGCUAGUCAACGGAAUCAGGUGCAGAGACAGCAGGCUCUCGCCCUCAUGUGCAGGGUAUACGUGGGCAGCAUCAGUUUCGAAUUGAAAGAGGACACGAUUAGGCAAGCCUUCUUGCCUUUUGGUCCUAUAAAAUCAAUCAACAUGUCAUGGGAUCCUGUAACCCAGAAGCACAAAGGAUUUGCAUUCGUCGAAUACGAGAUACCUGAAGCAGCACAACUUGCUUUGGAACAGAUGAAUGGUGUCAUGAUUGGUGGACGUAACAUCAAGGUUGUAGGACGACCGUCAAAUAUGCCUCAGGCUCAAUCAGUCAUAGAUGAAAUUACUGAAGAAAGUAAACAUUAUAAUCGUAUUUACAUCGCAUCGAUUCAUCAAGACCUUACCGAAGAUGAUAUUAAAUCUGUAUUUGAAGCUUUUGGUCCUAUUACCUAUUGCAAACUAGCGCAAGGUAGUUCACCUCACCGUCACAAAGGAUACGGUUUCAUCGAGUACGAAACGAUGCAGGCUGCUUUAGAGGCUAUUGCAUCGAUGAAUCUGUUUGAUCUUGGUGGUCAGUACUUGCGAGUAGGUAGAGCUAUCACACCACCGAAUGCUCUUAUGGGACCACCAAGCGGAACGAGUAUGAUGCCUACUGCAGCGGCAGUAGCAGCAGCAGCUGCAACUGCCAAGAUUCAAGCAAUGGAUGCAGUGGCCAGUAACGCGGUUGCUCUAGGAUUAACUAAACUUGGAGCUGCUGCUCCCCCGAUUCUGAAUCAAGCUUUGCCUGGUAUAGUGAGACCCACUCUUGCUCCUACCACAAUGAUGGCGCCGCCAACUAUAGCAACAGUAGCACCAGUCAUUCCUCCACCUGGAAUAGCUAUACCACAGGCUCUAACUAGACCACCAGCAAUUAUUCAACCGAUACCUGGCCAACCGGUUGUCAUACCGCCUCCAGCGGUCGUUGCCCCGACCAUAGUGGGUACUCCGGUUAUACCAGUUACGACUACCACAAAUUCCGAUAUAAUGAGGCGAGCCCAAGAACAAGCGGCUCAUCAAAAACAGCAAGAAGAACUACAGAAAAAAUUGUUGGAGGAAACGGAACCGCAAACGUUGCAACAACAGGAAAAUAUGUCAAUCAAAGGACAAAGUGCUCGUCAUCUUGUCAUGCAAAAGCUUAUGCGUAAAGUUGAAUCGCGAGUAGUAAUUUUAAGAAAUAUGGUAGCACCAGAAGACGUAGACGAAAGUUUACAAGAAGAAAUCCAAGACGAAUGUUCCAAAUUCGGUGUUGUGGAAAGAGUUAUUAUUUAUAAUGAGCGACAGUCUGAAGACGACGAAGACGCAGAAGUUAUUGUGAAAAUUUUCGUCGAAUUCUCUCAAAUGAGUGAAGCGGAACGUGCAAGGGAUUCUUUAAAUGGUCGCUAUUUUGGUGGACGAUUAGUGAAAGGAGAAUUGUACGAUCAGGCUCUAUUUGAUAACAGCGAUUUUUCAGGUUGAUCGAAAAGCUUACGUUUUUCGUGUAUUGGACUGUUUUAAUUUCUUUCAAUUGAAAGAAUUUAUAUCUGCUGUUGACUGAUGUUUCGUACUUCAAUACACGCGAAGUACCACAUACUUCUCACAAACUCCAGGAAUCAGUAUCAAAUCUCUUCAUUGAGAACAAACAAAGCAGGCUUAGUAUUCAAUUUUUGUAUCACAGAAUCUAAGUUCAAAAUUGGCACGAUAUUCGAAAUUUCAUUAAUUUUCUACUAUAUGUAGAAGUCACUGUUUUAUUACAUUGAAGAGAAUCUUCUGAAAACAUAUUAAAUGCAUGAUACUACUGAAGUUCUGUGAGAAGAGGAUAUUCCACAUACAUACAUAGUUUCAGUACCGGUUUUUCAUUAUGUCGAUUUAUUGAAGAUGCGAUCGAUGAUAUACAAAACAAAAUACCUAAAUGUAUAUGUAUAGAAACGUAGGAUAUAAUAAAUUGUUUUACAUAUAGACUAUACUUCACACAAACAAUAAAUACAUAAAUUAUACAUCAUAUUACAAGCAUAUGUUAUAAUAAAAUUUGUACAUAUUUACUACAUA